AUGUUCCCAAACGGUUUACACGAGGAUCAGACUAGGUCAGACACUGCCCGAGAGUGGCUUCUGCCAAACUACAAACGGAAAAAUUUCAAUGUGUUGACUGGUCAGAUGGUGGCAAGAGUUUUGUUCAAUAACGCUACCUCCACCCCGAAAGCCGUCGGAGUCAACUUUGGUACUCAUAAAAAUGUUAACUUUGAUGUCUAUGCUCGCCAUGAAGUUCUUUUGGCCGCUGGAUCAGCCGUUUCCCCACAAAUUCUCGAGCAUUCUGGAAUUGGGUUGAAGACUGUCCUUGAUAAUGUUAGCGUUGACCAGCUGGUUGAUCUGCCGGUUGGUCUCAAUCUUCAAGACCAAACCACCACAACCGUCAAGUCCAACAUCAACUCAAUUGGUGCGGGUCAGGGCCAGGCUGCGUACUUUGCUACCUUCAAUGAAACCUUCGGAGAUGAGGCACCUCGUGCUCACCACCUCCUGAACACAAAACUUGAAGAGUGGGCCAAAGAGGUUGUCUUACGGGGCGGGUUCCACAACGGAACCGCCCUCCUGAUUCAAUACCAGAAUUAUCGCGACUGGCUUGUAAACACAGACAUCUCCUUUGCCGAGAUUUUCAUCGAAACUGGUGGAAAACUAACCCUUGACUUGUGGGACCUUAUUCCGUUCACUCGCGGCUAUGUCCAUAUCAUGAACAGUGACCCAUAUCUACGUCGUUUCGCUUAUGACCCUCAAUUCUUCUCGAAUGAGCUUGAUCUGCUUGGCCAAGCCGCGGCUUCGAAGUUGGCUCGUGAAAUUUCCAGCAAAGAUGAAAUGAGCAAGCAUUUCAACAGCGAGGCUACUCCCGGAAACAAACUAGCGUACAACGCUACUCUUGACGAGUGGGCCGACUACGUCAAGGAGAAUUUCUGUGCCAACUACCAUGGGGUUGGUACAUGUUCUAUGAUGGCGGAGGAAUUUGGUGGUAUCGUGGACGCCGCUGCUCGGGUCUAUGGCGUUCAAAGUCUGCGUGUGAUCGACAGGUCGAUUCCUCCAACUCAAGUCUCGUCUCAUGUCAUGACUGUCUUUUACGGCAUGGCCGAGAGGAUCUCGGAAGCCGUUCUUGCCGACUAUCAUUCUGCCAUGUAG